GGUGCUGCACAGCUCAACUGAUGUGAAGAUCAGCGCGAACCAGACGUCUUCUCUUGCGCCGCCCGCAUCGCUUCAAUUCAAAGUAGAGCUUCCCGUCCCGUCGGUGCCAUUUGAUUUGAGGAAAGGGGAAGAAAACAAAUAUAGGAAGAGGAGGAGAUCAAUCCUCACCGUAAGAGGAAGAUAACUCCGGUCUUAUCGUCGGAUCCAAGCCAGAAAAACAGGAAGAAAACCAAAAUGGCUUCAAAUCAGGUGAGGGCCUCACACAUCCUCAUUAAGCACCAAGGCUCCAGAAGGAAGGCUUCAUGGAAGGAUCCAGAAGGCGACGUUAUCAGGAAAACCACAAGAGAUAGUGCUGUCUCUCAGCUUAAAUCCCUCAGGGAGGACAUCAUCACCGGCAAAGCCAAGUUCGAGGACGUCGCUUCUCGUUAUUCGGAUUGCAGCUCUGCCAAACGCGGCGGCGAUCUAGGUCCUUUUUCCAAGGGUCAGAUGCAAAAGGCUUUUGAAGAAGCAACAUAUGCUCUUAAAGUAGGCGAGAUUAGUGACAUUGUUGAUACUGACAGCGGCGUCCAUGUCAUCAUGAGAACUGGUUGAUUUAUCAAGAAGUACUGGAUGGCUACAUGGUUCAGUGUGCAUUCCGCAAACACAGACAUCUUCAAUUACUGUUGGCUCGUUCUCAUCAUCUGGAACAAUUGAAUUGAGACAUUGAUCCAUUCCAUUGUCACGUUUGUAACCAUUUUAAUUUUGUCAAAUUGGAUUCACUCAUAAAAUGUCAGAACUGUAUUCUUGAACAAGACAAAUUCGAAACAGCAGUAGCUGUGACUGUCUCGUCUAUAAGUUAUUUGGAGUGGAUUUCUUUCAGUAUA